GCUCGGGUCACAGGGGUGACGGUGGAGCAGAAGAGGAUCAUGGGAGUGGAAACCGGUCUGGAGCUCAUCACGCUGCCACACGGAGGCCAGCUCAGACAGGACCUGCUGGAGAGGCAUCACACUCUGGCUCUGGGCGUGGCGGUGGAUCUUCUGGGCUGUACUGGGACAGUGAGUCAGCGGGCGAUGGUGCUGCACAGGAUCAUCCAGCUGGCGCAGGAGCUGCGCAACACCACACACGACCUGUACGCCUUCUCCGCCGUCAUGAAAGCACUGGAGCUGCCGCAGGUGGUGAGGUUGGAGAUGACGUGGAGAGCGCUGAGGCGCAAUCACACCGACAGCGCCGUGACGUUCGAGAAGAGUCUCAAGCCCUUCAUGAAAUCCCUGAAUGAGGGUGACGACGCCGUGGUGUCGGGGCCGCUGUCUCUGCCGCACAUGGAGCCGCUGCUGAGGCUGAUGGAGGGCGAGGACAGCGUGGAGUCCACUGACAGAGCCUGCCAGCUGCUCUACAACCUGCUGCAGUCGGCACGCAACGCCGCGCUACACGCUAACGACUGCACGCAACACGCUCACGGCCUGCUCUCCGCCGGCUGGGAGCCAAUCCCGGAGCUGCUGGAGGUGUUUCAGACGGAGUUCGCCCUUCGGCUCUUCUGGGGACAGAUGGGCGCCAAAGCCGAUCGCAAGGAGCGCUACGCCAAAUUCGACAGGAUCCUCACGGUCCUCUCCAACAAACUUGAACCAGAUGGCAGCUCAGAGAUUACAGUAAAUGUUCAAACAGACCGGAAAGACUGUCCAAACCAAAGCACAAUCAGAUUAUAAAGGACCUUCAGACGUGAUGCUGUUGUAAAGGUGAAGUGUGUCGAUUCUCUCAUUAUAAAAUUCAAUAUUUUAUUGCUAAAAAUAUGCCACGCUUCACCUUCAAUUUGUUUACAGUGAUGAUGAUUUAAAGCUGUGAUUGUGUUCACACCCGAGUGAAAUUUGCCAAAUCUAUAUUUCUGACCGUUUAUAUGUAAAGAAUAUAUUUGAAUUUCUUAAUGGAUUAAAAUGGAAAUAAAUAUAUCAAACUAAAAGUCUGUUUAGUUUACAGACAACAUGAAAGAGCAUCAUGUGAUUUACUUUCAAAUAUAGUCAGGAUUAGGUGAACAGCCUACUCGAUGAAUUGAAAAAGGUCAGAUGGGACUGAAUAAAAGUCAAAAAUGCACAUUAAGCAAACAUAUAAGGAAAAUAGCAGUGGAGCAAGUAAAAAAAAAUGACAUUUAGAUGUCUGUGCACCAAUGAUCUCACACACCGUGGAAUCCCUGGAAAAUGUACUGAAUUGCAAAGUUCAUUUGAUUUCACUUAGACUGAAAACAUUAGCAUUUAUUAACUGUUGUGUGCAGCCAGCAGACGGAGACAAACACCAAAACACAUCCUGCGCAUCUAAAACCAGCCAACUCACGGCACAUCUGAUCUGAAACAUCAUUACCACAUUUAAACAUUCUUGCGUUUGAAUUAAAAAUAAAUAAAUACCUUAAUGCCUGUUCACACCAAGAACAAUAACUAUACCUUUAAAGUUUUAAUUAACGUUCUAAUUCAUUGAGAAUGAGGAAGACACACAACUUCGAUAUCGCACUGAGGAACGAUACAUUCGAUACGAUACGAUACGAUACAUGCAUACAUUCUCGAAUCACUUCCAGAAAGCUUUUGUCCCACUGAUAAAUGAUCAAAACACUGACAACAAAUCAGAAUACAUCUUUAAUAAAGACCACAGCAUUUAAAGCAGCAGACUUCAUAAACAGAACAUUUAUAAACUGAUAAUAAAAUCAAUCUUAGCGUGAAUGGGCCUUAAAGGGACAGUCACCCCCAAAAUAAAAAUUAAGUCAUCAUUUACUCACACCGUGGUGUUCUAGCCCUUCUUUCGAUUUCAGAUAUAAUUUCCCACAGUAUAUCACAGAAUGAUCCCAUGUCAUAUAUUCCAAGUGUUCUGGCGGUUUAUAAUCUACUCGAUGUAAUGUAUUAUUUAAUGAAAAUCCUGACCUUGACUGUUGUUCAUGUGCAUGGCUGCUCAAGCAUUUAAAGUGGCGGAUGCACUUGUUUAUAUCAUCCGAUGAUACGGACGCUAAUAUAGAUGUCGUUAUAGUUAUAAUUUUUUUGGGUUAAGCAGAUAUUUAAAUUAAAUAUGGCAAUCAUUCAGCACAAGUUUGGACACACUUGACUGUUUUUAUGCAUCAUGAAG